AUGCGCUUGGAGCCGGCGACGCACGCGCCGGCCCCGCGCGCCUCGGGCACGCCCGAGUCGCUGGACGGGGUGGCUGGCGAGCCCAAGACGAGCACGUUCGAGAUCCCUGUGCCCCCGAACGGGGUGCUGACGGCGCGGCGCGAGUUUGAGCUGCCCCGCCGCCUGCUCGACACGCACGAGCAGCGGUGUGCGCGGCUACGGAUGCGUGCAAAGCCCGCGUUCUACCACACGAUCAAGCGCAACAGGUUCGUGUCGCGUGUGCGCAUGUACGGCACGACGCAGCCGUGCCAGUGCGACCCCGCCACGGGCAACUGCGGCGAGUCGUGCAUGAACCGCAUGAUGCAGAUCGUCUGCCACCCGCGGACGUGCCCGUGCGGGUCGCGGUGCACGAACGGGAGCCUGGGAAAGCGCCCUGCGCCGGAGCUGCAGGUGGCCUACUACGGCAAACGCGGAUUUGGGCUCCGCACGCCGGUCGCGGUGCAGGCCGGCGACUUUCUCGGCGAGUACUGCGGCGAGCUCAUCGAUAUCCCCGAGGCCGCGCGCCGCGUGCACGACUUUUACCAGCACACGCAGAACUACUACUUUGUGGACUACGACGCGUCGGCGGGGGAGAUGCUCGACGCAGGCCUCCGGGGCAACAAGAUCCGCUUUGUGAACCACAGCUGUGAGCCGAAUUGCAAGAUUGAAAAAUGGCUCGUCAGCGGCCAGGAGCAGGACCGCAACGCCGAGUUCCAGCUCGGCCUCUUUGCGAUCCGCGACAUUGCCGCGGGCGAGGAACUCUCGUACAAUUACGGCUGGUCAGCAUUCAAGGCGGCCGUCGUCGGCCCCGACGGCAAGGUCGUCGCCGCCGAAAAAUGCUACUGCGGCGCGCCGAGCUGCACCGGUGUCCUGGGACGGGGGCGGAAAGGCAAGCGGGCAUACGCGGUCGACGCGCCCAUGGCCCUGAUUCCCCCGGAGUCGUCCACGGAAAGCUCGCCGUCACCGGCACAGUCAUCGCGUGCGCUCCCCGACACGGACGUAGACACGGCCAGCGUGUCGAGCGGCGACAGCGUGCGUGCGUCGCGCCGCCGCAUGCGUGUCGUCCCGCUGCGGUACGCCGACCAGGACGCGCUAGACGCACUGCACGCCGAGGCAGCCGUCAUCGGCACCAGCACGCCGCCGCUGCGGGGCAGCGGACGUGGCCGCGGCCGCGGCCGGGGGCGCGGACGCAGCGUGUCUGGGCCGCUCGGACAUGCCGCACAAGAGCCCCACCCCGUCAACGGCCGGCGUGUCGUCUCGGAGCGGGGCCGCGGGCGCGGGCGUGGGCGUGGGCGCGGGCGAGGGCGCGGCGGCCGUGCGGCCAGCACGCAAACGAUGCGCGCUGCAGACGACGCAUCGGAGCGUGCUGCGUCGCUGCCCGAUGCCCCGCUGCUGGCCGCCCGUGCGCCGCUCGUGCCCUCGUCGCCACUCGCUGUGCGCAAGCCGCGGCGCACGAUCAAGCCCAAGAUUCCCUUUGACGAGACCGAGCCUCUGUACCGCCCCUCGGCGCGCGAGAGUCCGUCGCGUGCGAGCUCGUCGCUGAGCGACCUGUCGAGUGCGCCGCCGUCGCCCGGCUCGGACACGGGCGACUGGAAGCGUGUGCCCCGCGUGGUGCACACGCCGACGGCCGCGCUGCCCGAGACGCCGCCCGAUUCCGACGACUCGGCGCGGCUUGCGUCGGUGCCGCAUGCCGGCGGCGCGCUCCCCAAGCGCCCCCGUGGGCGCCCACGCAAGUACCCCCGGCUGGACCCCGACCAAGUCAAGCUGCGCAUCCCUGCGGCUACGAUGAUGUAUAUACCCCCCACCGACCCCCCCGGUGUGCGGCUGCCUCCGCUUGCGUCGCCCCCUGAUCCGCUGCAGCUCGUCGCCGGCGUCGCGUUUACGCUGACGCCCGACGAGCUCGAUGCGAUCGCCGCGCCCGAGCACCGGCGGCGUGGCCGCCCCCUCACGCGCCCCCUCGCUGGCGGCGGCUGCGCCCCCCCGGACGAGGAGGCGGCCGUCCGCGCCCUGUUGUAG